ACAUGAAAUAUAAUUUCAGAAUCAAUAUGCCUCUGGACUGCCGGGGGUUCUGGUCUUGGGAUAAAUUUAAGCUGACCCAUGAAGAUUCGGACAGAUUUCAUCGGUCACAGUGGAAUAAAGCAGGAGAAAUUACAACAUGGUAUCUUGUUUACAGAAUAUGUAUAGCUCUAGCAAUGGUUAUCGGAGUAGCAGCACAUAUAGGAUCAACAACAGAUACCCUAGGAUCAAAAUGGUUUAUUUACAUGACGAAUCAGGGUAUAGGACUCCUGACUAUCCACUACGUCAUCUAUGCUGGAAUAGUCUCAGGAAGGUAUUUUUCCUCAACUUCUAAAGAGAUAUUUCCUCGGUUGUACUCCUUCUCCUGGGGUAUGCAGACCACCUUCACAACCAUAGCGCUCUUUAUCACCUUGAUCUACUGGGCCUUCCUUCAUCGAUACGUUGUAGAGUUUAAUCUACUUCCGGGGACAUGGAUGAAGGUUCUGAAUGUUUUCCUUCAUGCCAUCAACUCAGUCAGUGCAUUGAUUGACCUCUUCCUAACAGCUAGACCAAUCCGGUUCCAGCACGUGUACCUGCCCCUGCUGUUCGGAAUCUACUACGCAAUAUUCUCCGUCAUAUACUGGGCAGCUGGAGGGGUAGGAAUAUGCAGAUCUGAGACAGAUUGUGAUCCUUACAUUUACCCAAUCCUGGACUGGGAUGGAAACCCAGGUGGUGCAGUUCUCUUUGUAUUUCUAGGAUUCAUCGGAACAUUUAUCAUUCAGGGGUUCGUGUACGGACUGUACAGACUAAGAACGGUUAUUCACAAGAAAGCGACAGGAACAGAACUUAUUACAGAUUAAUCAGCUCUUAUUUACGGAUAAUUCGAACCCAACAAAAAUGUUGAACCAAUAAGAAUCCAAAAAUAGUUUUUGAGUAUAACAUAAAAAACCUGAGCAGUGAUAAACAAGUCAAAUUUCCCUCAUGAAGUAAAUAUUUUCAAUUUUGUAGAAAAAGAUGAAAUAUUUACUUAACUUGUGCUGUGUGUAUGAAAUAUGAUUUUUCAAUAAACAAGAAUCAUAUUAUUAUUAUUGUUAUAUUUUCAUUAGUUUUCACUCUUUUGUAAGCAUUUAUCUAUACCACGAGAGCCAAAACUCUUUCAUAGGAAGACGACAUCCAGACGCAAGUUAUGAUUUUAAUUAAUUCAAUGAUUAUGAGACUGAAGCAAUCGGUAAAUUAGCACAAACCAUUUUACUUGAUCAGUAAUGUUUAGUUACUAUAAUAGUGUUAAACUAUUUGUGUUGUAACAACAUCAAAUACACUAAAACUAUCCUUUAAUGUCGUCUUGAUCAAUAAUGUUUAGUUACUAUAAUAGUGUUAAACUAUUUGUGUUGUAACAACAUCAAAUACACUAAAACUAUCCUUUAAUGUCGUCUUCAUAUUCCACAGUUUUCUGGUUCUCACUGUAUAAAUGUUGAAUAACAUGUAUUUUGUAUCAAAAUAAAGCACUUAUUUCAUCCACAAACUUCCUCGAGUAUUUUAUCUUUGAUUUAUCAUUUCCUAAAUAGAAUUAUUUUUUCAAAAUGAUAAUCUUUAAAAGUUAAACAAUUUUUUUUUACUUUUUCUUUUUGGGUAAAUCUAGAAAUUGUUUAUUAACUCUUGCAAUGAGAUCCAGAAAACUCUGGAAUAUGACGACGACUUUAAGCCUGAAGUUAUGUCUUUAAAUAGUCCAAUUUAGAAAUUUAGACAAAUAAAUAUUACAUAGA